GGACAGUUAUUCUUUAAAUUGUAGAUGCAUUACUGAGUGGUACACUACUCGGUUGAUUCUCUUCUGUUUUGUAUCUGUUGUUUUAAUUGUUUCACUCACUGUUUGCUUUUAUAUGAAGGGCUGGUUUUUUCUUAAGUAUGUUGAUAAAUGUAUUUUCAUUCUUUCUUCUUCGUCUUCUUCUAGGCACUUGUUCUGUCUGCUUUCUGAUGAUCAACAUUCUACUCCGUACACCCAUUCUACCCAUCAUUCUAUCACUACCUGAUGGUUCUUGAUGGAUAUCGCCGACUGAAAAUAUUAUAAGUGUAAUGAACGUUUUUAUCAUUGUUUUUAUAUAGACUACUGAUUUCUUCGUUACUGUUUUGUAGUAUUAGUUUUGUUCUUUGAUGGUUUGAGAAUUUUUCGGGAUAUGAAUUUUCAUGAAUAAAAAUCUUAAAGUUUAAUCAUGAUCUGACUUCAUUUAGAGGACCACUGAAAGCCAGGGAGUGCUACUAAACUGCUGUUUCGUCCUAGUUUGGGACUAUCUAUCUGUACUCACCCACGACACCACUAGGGGUAGAACUCGGGACCUUCGGGUUACGACGGCGACUCGUUGAUCAUUCAGUCGCUAGACCGGAAUUCAGUGGCUCAUUUAUUCUAACCUCUGUCAAUGGGCAAUAUUAAGCGUAACUGUCAAAUUCGUGGUCGAAAUUUAAAUCAAUCAGAUCCCUGAAACAACACUUGAAAGUUAAUUUAACGCACAAUAGGGGCUGACUACAGGAUGAAAUUGUCAGUGGAGUCCACUGUGAGGACAAGUAAUUAUCGAUAGAUAACAUUGGCUGCUGAUGGCUCUACAUAUAUUGAAGUUAAAAUUUAUGGAUCGGUCAUUAAAUUCUUUACCGGAAACACUGUGGUUAAUGGGCUAGCGUCGUAACCUGAAGGCCGUGGAUUCGAUCACUGAUGGGGUCAUGAUUGCAUGCUAAUGAAGAGACCAAAACUAGAAUGGAACAACUGUCCCCAGUACCCUCCGCUCGUCGACUGGUGACCUAUCCUGAAUUUAAUCAAAGGCUUGCAAAUCAACACUUAGAAAGAUCUUAAAGCUAGACUAAAUGUCAUUUAUGUUGGAAAUGACCAACGAAGUGAAAUUUUUUUACCCUAUAUUAGUGGUCAGUGGGCAUUUCUAGCUGAUCCUAUUUUUCUUCCUAAAUGAAUACGAAGAACUGGAGAUGAUGAUGAAUACCUCAUUGUGAUACUGACCAUAUAAAAAAAAUUCUCCCCACUAAUAUUCUUAUUAAUCAUGUAAUUAUUCGACUGUUUUGUGGAUCUGAAACGAAGGUUAUCUAUAGUCUCAAUCUCAAGAGAUUUUUACACUGAUGCUAAGCUUUCAUACCACUAAGCAUCAGUGUCAUCUAGAACACCAAUUGGGAAUAAUUAACUUCAUGUUUAUGGUUUUUCUUAAUCCAGAGAAAUCCCAAUUUCAAAUUGUACAUAUAUAUAGGAGUGAUGUCAAAUAAUCAUAAUGAAUCAGCCCAGUCGUCCAAUUAUCAAUCUGAAAAAUUAUUUCAAAAUGAAUCUGAUUUCAAAUCUAUGGUUAUUAAAUUAGUUCGUUCUGGUGAUGUUGCCUAUCUGAAGCUGUUGGUUGAAUUGAUCAAUCCUACUUCCUCGUGUACAAGCGUUUCAUGUUUAAGAAGACUUUCAGAUAUUAAAGACCAUAAACAAUGCAAUUUAGUUCAUAUUGCUUGCAAAUAUGGAAAUAAAGAAAUGCUUGGAUAUCUUGUACAAGAACUGGGUCUACCAGUUACAAAUGUUGACCAUACCGGAAACAAUCCUGCUCAUCUUAUAUUGAUUUAUGCAUUGAAAUCGCUGAAAUCGAGCAGUAAGAAGAAACGACGAAAAAGUUCCAAAUAUCGUGUAAGAAAUUAUAUUGAUUGUUGUGAACUGCUGAAAACUGUUUUACACCACCACACAAAUCUUCUUACUAUAUCAAACAAACGUGGACAAAAGGUAACUGACCUGUUACAAGAACUAUGGAAUAUUUCAUCAAAAUCUGAACGUGAAGUUGGAGAUAAUAUCCUGAAGUGCAUCCUGUCUGAUAAUCAUAGUCCAGUUCAUCCGUCAACCUCAUCAACUAAACCGACAGAACAUAAUGAUGAGAUGUAUUCAUUUUUGUCUGAUUCAGAUGAAGCAAACUAUUCAUCAAAUGAAUGGGAGGAUUAUUUCUCAGGUUUUGCUGACAGACCAUUCAGAUCUCAUUUAGACAGCAUCAGGGAAGAGUAUGAACGCCGUAAUCGACCUACUGGCAUACCAAAUAUACCGAAAUCGCGCAAAAAAAGCAAUACAGAGACUAACCACCCAGAAUUUUAUGAUCACCUUGGAUCAAAUAAUGAGUUGCCAAGUCGAAAAAUAAUCAGUCACGAUCUAGGAAGAAACACUGUAAAUAUCUCGUAUGAAGAGUAUCUAGAGAAAUGGAAAGAAUUUAUCAACUCUGAUGAGAAUAAAAUUCUCAAUUAUCAUGAUAUAUUAUGGCCUCCAUUCAGUAGAGUCAUUGAAAUAAAUUCAUUGGAAUCUUCGCAUAUUGAAGACAUACUAACAUUUGUACACCAUUCAAGUCAAGCAUUACGUCAACUACAAGUGGAUUGGCAUCCAGAUAAGUUUUCUGGACGUUUUGGAACACGUUUUAAAUCAGAACGUGUUAAAAAUAGAGUUAUGAAACGCGUUGUAAAUAUAUCUCAACUUUUAAAUAAAGCUACUGAUUAUUUACGCAAUAAAGAAGAAUCUGUAUGAUUA